AUGAAGCAAAAAGAGGCUAUUAAAGCAUCCUCUUCUGCCAUUGCUGCCGUCGUGGAUUCCGACCAAACCACCUCCAGCCAUCACCUUCUACUGAAAAGCAAGAACAAGAAGCGAUUGAAGGUGAUACGUUCUUUCCAGAACCCUAUCUAUCACCCACCUCUGAGUUUUUCUACCGCCUCCAACGGCUUUGAGCUCGCUGUACCCGCUGUUGCUUUCCCCAUUCUCUCCAAAGUCGGGGUUGAAGACGAUGGAAUAAUUCGUACGUUUAAUCGAAUAUCUCUCAUGUUUCAAUUAUCACUCCUCUUUUGUAGGUUUUUUUCCUUCGAAUUCAACAACCUCAGAUUUGAAGAUGCACAUCAAGUGUUUGAUGAAAUUCCUCAAAAAACCGGUAAGAUGAGUUCGACUCCAUUCUCAAUUACACAUGCUUCCUACUCACGCAGUUUCAUAACUAAUGCUGGGAAAACUAAGGUCUUUCGGUACUUCCAUUUCAGCAGGAGAAGAGUACCUGGUGUAAGAAAGUCUCAAGCAAGAAUAUGUCUACUUUCUGAUGGGGAGCUGCUAAAAAGGUGA